AUGGCGACUGCCGCCGAGAUUAUGCAAAAUCUCACGAAUCUCUUUGGUACUCAGAAUCGAACGGCUAAGUCUCAAGCCUUUUGGAGUAUCAUGGCUAAGACUAUGAAGGAAGGUUCUUCUGUGCGGGACCAUGUCCUCGAGAUGAUGAGCCACCUCAAUCAAAUUGAGGUUUUGGUAGACGUCAUUGAUGCCGAGUCCCAAGUUACUAUCAUCCUUCAGAGUCUGUCCCCUAGCUUUCAACAGUUCAAGCUCAACUUUGAGAUGAACAAAAGAAACUACACCUUAGCUGAGUUGUUGAUUGAACUUCAGUCGGCAGAGGAUCUCAUGAACCAAGCUAAGGUUGCAAUGGUUAGUUCGACACAUCGUUCCUCUGGCCCUAGGCCUAGCGCAGGAAGGAAGAAAGUGACGAACCAGGUCGUAGCUAAGGAAACUAAGGGAAAGAAGAAGAGGAGGUCAGACAAAAAGCAACCAUGA